CUCUUUCCAGCGUAAUCAUUUCAUGGUAGACUUGACUUUGCGCUACACAUCUCUCCUUUUCUUCUCCUCAAUUUCAUCUCUUUAAUCUUCAGCCUUCCUCUGAAUAUCAUGGGGUUUCGUUAUCCCAGCCCAAAACCCAGUGUACACACACAUGUUUGCAGUUUGCGUGUGUAGAUAAUGCACAUAUGUUAGUAGUGUUGAGUUUUGAUUUAAUUGUGUAGUGAUUUUUUAUGGCGUUGGGAACAUCUACGCCCUUAAUUUCGCGAAGUCCGAUUCGGUACCCGGAUGUUGACAUGUCGGGUCUGAAUUUGGGUGGCGCCGGUGGUAGCAGUGAAAUUGUCGAGCUGUCGCCGAGUCCGUCAACGGCCACGCCGGCGAGAGUUUCCGAUGAUACGUUGUAUGUCGCGGUGGGGAAGGAAGUUAAAGAGAGUGAAUACACUAUAGCUUGGGCUUUGCAUAACUCUGGAGGGAGGAAACUUUGCAUUCUUCAUGUUCACACUCCAGCUCAGAAAAUCCCAAUGAUGGGUACAAAAUUUAGUAUUGACCAGCUGGAAGAACAUCAAGUUAAAGCAUACCAUGAUAAAGAGAGGCAAGAAACUUACAAGAUUUUGGACAAAUAUCUUCUCAUCUGUGGCCGAGCAGGGGCUCAGGUGGACAGACUCUACAUUGAGACGGACUCUAUUGAGAAGGGCAUAGUGGACCUCAUUUCUAAGCAUGGCAUCAGGAAGCUUGUUAUGGGAGCAGCUGCUAACAAGUGCUACUCAAAGAGAAUGACAGAGGUCAAGUCUAAGAAAGCUAUUUAUGUGCGUGAACAAGCACCUCCAUUCUGUCAGAUCCGGUUUAUUUGCAAAGGGAAUCUUAUUUAUACAAGAGAAAGUAGACUGGAAGGGAUUAAUUCAGCAAUUGCAUCUCCACCACUUAACGCAAGUCCAGCUGGUGAUACAGGACAAUUGAGCCCUCUGAGAAGAUCUGCUACAGAAGGGCACACUAAUGAAGUAAAUCUCAUUGGGUCUCUUCCGGAGUUUAGGAGAGUACAAUCUGAUAGUAUUGGAAUAAACCUUUCUGGACUUCCUAGUUCUACUGGCACAGGACGAGUUUCUUUUUCUAACAGUUCAAAUGUAGAAGGAAGCACCGAUGGAUGGAAUGGAAUACCAAGGAGAAGUUUCUCAGUGGCUUCACACUUCUCUUCAUGUUCAUCUGGGGAUAUGGGUGAUGAUUCACCUUCUAUUUCUUUAUCCAGGAGUGAAGGGAGGGACAAUGUAUUAGACUCUUAUGCACUCUAUGACCAUCGACACACUUCUCCACCUAGUACUGCAGUAGGAAGUGUGGAUGAUGAGCUAUAUGAUAGACUUGAACAAUAUGUUGCUGAAGCAGAAAAUUCUAGGAGAGAAGCUUUUGGAGAAUCACAGAAGCGUAUGAAAGCUGAGAAGGAAGCAAUUGAAGCUAGGCGCAGGGCUAAUGCAUCAGAAACAAUGUAUGCUGAAGAGUUCAGACGAAGGAGUGCAAUUGAGGAAGCACUAGCCAGGAGCAAGGACGAAGUUGAACAGAUGAAAAGGCAGAUAAAUGAAGUCAUGGAAGAUCUUCAGGCUGCACAAGAACAGAAAUCUUCCCUGGAGUGCCAGAUUUCAAACUCUGAAAAGAUGGUACAGGAGUUGGAGCAGAAGAUAUUCUCUGCUGUUGAACUUCUGCAGAAGUACAAAAAAGAGAGAGAAGAGUUGGAGGUGGAGCGUGACAAUGCACUUAAAGUAGUUGAGGAUAUGAAGGGAAAACUAGACAAGGAAGCCUCAAGUUCAUCUACAGCUCAAUUCUUUGCUGAAUUCUCAUUUAGCGAAAUCGAAGAAGCAACUUCCAAUUUUGACCCUAACUUGAAGAUUGGGGAAGGUGGUUACGGAAGCAUUUAUAGAGGUGUGCUUCGCCAGACACCAGUGGCGAUAAAGAUUCUUCACCCUGAUAGCUCACAAGGUCCCUCAGAGUUUCAACAAGAGGUCAAUAUCUUGAGUAAGUUGAGGCAUCCAAAUCUAGUCACUCUAAUUGGGGCCUGUCCAGAAUCAUUUACACUUGUCUAUGAAUAUCUUCCUAAUGGAAGCCUUGAGGAACGUAUCAACUGCAAGGGCAACACACCUCCACUCACAUGGCAAACUCGAAUCCGCAUUGCAACUGAGCUCUGUUCUGCUCUGAUAUUCUUACAUUCGUGCAAUGGUCACGGCAUUGUGCACGGUGACCUAAAGCCAGCAAAUAUUUUGCUGGAUUUGAACUUUGUGAGUAAGCUCAGUGACUUUGGAAUUUGCCGUGUUCUCUCUCAAAAUGAAUUGUCAGAUAAUGAUACUUCACUCUGUUGGAGAACUGAUCCGAAAGGCACUUUUGUAUAUAUGGAUCCUGAGUUCCUUUCAACAGGAGAGCUUACUCCAAAGUCUGAUGUCUAUUCGUUUGGAAUCAUACUAUUGAGGUUGCUAACUGGAAAGUCUGCAUUAGGAAUUACAAGGGAAGUUCAAAAUGCCUUGGAUAAAGGAAAUCUAAAAGAUCUUCUGGAUCCAACUGCCGGGGACUGGCCAUUUGUGCAAGCUAAACAGCUGGCUCACCUGGCAAUGAGUUGCUGUGAGAUGAAUCGCAGGCAGAGACCAGACCUUGCUUCAGAGGUGUGGAAGGUGCUUGAACCAAUGAGAGCUUCAUGUGGUGCCUCAUCGUUUCAACUAAGUUCCGAAGAGCGUUGCCAAAUCCCUCACUAUUUUAUAUGUCCCAUCUUUCAGGAAAUCAUGGAAGACCCUGUAGUUGCAGCUGAUGGUUUCACUUACGAGGCCGAAGCUCUAAGAGGAUGGUUGGACAGUGGUCAUGACACAUCACCCAUGACAAAUCUCCAGCUUUCCCACACCAAUCUCGUGGCAAAUCGCGCUCUUCGUUCUGCUAUACAGGAGUGGCUGCAGCAGCAUUGAUACUGCUCCUUGCAUUCUUCAAGUCUAUGAAAAUCCCUUUUCUUUUGCUUUCUCAGUGGUAUCUGUUUUUGCAUCCUAAGACUCUUCUGAUGUGCCUUGUAUAGAUCACAUUACCAAACUACAUUCUACUUACAUCACAGCAGCUGGAAGACAAUUUUGUGUGUUGUAAUUUUUUGUUUCUUUUAAAGAUUCUGUAAAGUUAGUGGAUAA